AGGACGCCAGCGCGCCGACGAGAGACGCCCGCACCAGCCGCCACCUUCACCGCUCUCGCCAGAUCACUCCCCCAUGGCCGCCGCUCGCUGCCUGAUGUGGUCGCUCGUCGCCUGGUCGCUCGUCGUCUGCCUCGUCUCAGGCUACGGCGAGGACGGAGAGGACGACUACGGGGAGGAGGAGACGCCUCUAGACGCCCUGAUGGACGCGCGGGAGCGGCGCGCCGAGGCGCUGCCCGCGGACGCGGCCGGCGACUCCAGGUGGACGCUGGGGCUCGGUAAGCGUCCGGCCCGGUUCUCGCCCUACCUGAGCGUGGGGGUGCUGAGCAACAUGCAGAACUUCUUCGAGAACCUGCGGAACAACCUGGAGAGCCUGGAGACUCUGCCCGCCGAGGAGAAGGAUGUCCUGCUGGGCAGGAACAUGCCGUCCGCAGACAACGACCGCAGCAUGCGGCCGCGCGCCACCGCCGCCUACCUGCACGCGCUGCGCAACCACCGGCCGUCGCACAAGAUCCGCAACUUCGUGUCGGCGCCCGAGCCGGCCAGCCUGCGCAACAGCAACAUGCACGACCCCAACUACCUGUGGACCGGCCUGGGCAGGAGGCGCUGAGCGCCCGACCUCCCAGCCUCGCUCGUUCCCUCGUUCACCCUCAAGGCCCCUCCGCAAUCAGCGCAGCACUGUCACAGCACUAUACCGCAUACACGUGCGACUCUUCUGCAGGGUCUGUCUGGUGGAAGGUUCAAAUUCAAAUACGUAGUGACUUAUUGCUCAAUAGAAAAUAUUUAAACUAUUCCAAAAUUAACAUUUAAUACUGUUUUGAAAUUAAAAACUUCAUGUUCGAUAUAAAUGAGUCGUAGAAGACAAAUUUCUGGUAUGCCAUUCUACAAAAUAUCUGGCUACCAAAAUAAAGUGAAUUAAUCUUCGCUGGUUUUGUUGGCCUGACAAUAGCUUAUGCAUUACUUCUCACAAUCAAUGUGUAUGUUGGUAGUACAUUAUGGAAGCUACUGUAUAGCGAACGGUCCCAAAAAAUACUUCCAAAACCUGGUCUCAGUCUCGGCAAUAAGAGUUUCUCUCCCAUGCACUAAACUAAAGCUGGACUCCAAUAAUCCGUCUCUUUUCCGUUCGCUUCCCCUCCGCCCGGAUAAUCACGUGACCUCAAGCCAAUCUGAAGACGCAAAACAUUCCAUCCGUCCGACAAUCAAAAGCUUUCCAAUCUUUAAAAUUUUGACGGACGUAAAAAAAAAAGGUAUUCAACUGUGAUUGUUUUUUCAACGUGCAUUUAACACAUUUUAAAUGUUGAUGUUUGCUAAAAAAAAUUUACUGAGACAUACAAGUAAUCAAUCUCGCAUGAUUAAACUGUAAAAAUAUUAAUAGCUAAAAAAAUUGAGUUUAAUAAAUUUUAAGAGUCUAACUCAUGAACGUCAAUAUAAAUUACCUAUUCAAGAGAAAUUUUCACCACAAUUUGAACCUUCUAGUCUGUAGUCAGCAUCUAAAUGGAAAAGUAUUUGAUGGACGUGCAGAUCAUUGUGAAUCGCUCGGCUUGUGACGGACUGACGGAUGGUGACGGACGGACACGAAGUCUCAUGUUGUGUCCAGCUUAACACAGCAGCCUGGCUACACUUAACCCAAUUCCUUUGUUUAUUUUGGUUGUUAUAACCUUAGAAAUAUUAAUGUUGCAGUAGUUGGUAGUGUAUAAAUAUAAGGAAACAAAUUAGUAUUAACGGAAGAAAACCCAUAAUAAUGCAGGCAUUACAAAAUUAAUUGCAGAAAUAUAUAUAUAUUUUUUCUCCUUCGGAAAUUGUACCGUGAUGUUUAUAGCUAAACUCCAAAUGAAAAUAAUAAUCGGCACAGUCAAAUCAACACACGCAAUUCCUUAUUUAUUAAAUGUCCUCAAAUGACGACGUAGUAGGACGUUAAGAGCUUCUGAUUGGCCGAAAACAUAUCACGGUUUUAGCAAUAACAUAGUAUUAAGCGAGGGUUAAAGAGCAAACUCUACUUAACACUAAUGCCGAGCUUGUGUAAAUGCUUAUCGCAAUGUUCAUUGUAGAUAGUUAGAUUGUAUUACAUGGAGUUCAACUGUUGUGUAUAAUAUUGUGUUGUGCUUGUGAAAAGCUUAUGUUGAUUGUGGCUGGGCCUUUAACAAAUAUAUAUGCUAUAUACAUCUAUCUUACUUUCAAAGAUAAAGAUAAAUAAGUUAAUUAAAAACAUUCCUACUUUUCUCGUUCCAAGUUUAACAUGUAUUGACUUUAAAACUGGUAUGUAAAUGUUGACAAUUUUACUGAUAAUAAACAGUGUUAUUUUUAUAUUAACAUCUGUGUUUUUUUCCCCAUCCCUAAAAAUCUAUAUUCAGUGAAAAGCUAUCC